GGGCUUUGAACGCAGCAGCAGAUUGCCUAUCCCGCACAGUCUUUUGUCUCAUCCUGGGACAGAGCCGGUGGACUAAAGACACUUUCUCAAUGCGUCCAACAAGGAGACUUUAGUUACUACUUCCUCUUCUACACUGUCCACAGUGCAGCAUGAAGGGCAUGGGAUAUGUCAGCAGAUUCAUUUGGAGCGGGGAGCAGCGAUGCCCAACAGAGCCUUCAGUCCUUUUGGCCCAGAGUCAUGGAAGAGAUCAGGAAUCUUACAGUGAAGGAUUUCCGUGUGCAAGAGCUUCCUCUUGCUCGCAUCAAGAAAAUUAUGAAACUGGAUGAGGAUGUGAAGAUGAUCAGUGCUGAAGCACCAGUGCUGUUUGCCAAAGCGGCACAAAUCUUCAUCACAGAGCUCACUCUCAGAGCUUGGAUCCACACUGAGGACAACAAACGGCGUACACUACAGAGGAAUGAUAUUGCCAUGGCCAUCACUAAGUUUGACCAGUUUGACUUCCUCAUUGAUAUCGUACCACGAGAUGACCUCAAACCACCGAAACGACAGGAGGAAGUGCGUCAGUCUGUCGCCCCCACUGAGCCGGUCCAGUACUACUUCACUCUGGCACAGCAGCCCGGCACAGUGCAGGUCCAAGGACAGCAGCAAGGCCAGCAGGUGGCAACUUCCACCACAUUACAACCAGGGCAGAUUAUCAUCGCUCAGCCACAGCAGGGCCAGGUAUUGCAGGGAACCACCAUGCAGCAGCUUCAGCAGGUGCAGGUCGCUCAAUCACAGGCAACCCCUAUGACGAGUGCUCCAGUGACAAUGCAGGUGGGCGAAGGCCAGCAGGUGCAGAUUGUGCAGGCCACUGCACAGGGACAGGCACAGGCAGCACAGCCAGCUGGACAAACUAUGCAGGUUAUGCAGCAGAUCAUCACCAACACAGGAGAGAUUCAGCAGAUUCCAGUGCAGCUCAACACUGGUCAGCUGCAGUACAUUCGCUUGGCUCAGCCAGUCACGGGAACACAGGUUGUUCAAGGACAAAUACAGACACUUGCAGCAAAUACUCAGCAGAUUUCACAGACGGAAGUACAACAGGGUCAACAACAGUUCAACCAGUUUACUGAUGGGCAGCAGUUGUAUCAGAUCCAGCAGGUGACGAUGCCAGCAGGGCAGGAGCUGGCCCAGCCAAUGUUCAUUCAGUCCACUAACCAGACAGCCGACGGGCAGGUCACCACGCAGGUCAGUACGGACUGAGGCUGCCUGCUGUUUUCCCCGCUGACCCACGAAGCUCCCAACACCAUCAACCACCACCCACAGUGAAGGAGAGGAGCUGUGAUACCAUCUACCAUGCUGUCAACCACACUGAACAUUUGCAUUCGACCCUGACACACAUACACUCACUUCUGACUUCAGUCCUUCAGCUUUUUUUCAUCUCACGCCAUAUUUCAAUCAAGUUAUCUGAGUGGUUUAAUUUGUCAAUCGGCAUACAAUUUUAGAUUUAAUCUUCAUAAUUUAGAGACCAUCCAGAAUACACAUACUGCUGUUAGCAUUGUUAUUACCCUUUUGGUAUGCUUACUACAGUACUGUACAAUGGAAGGAUCAGUGUGUUGUGACAGAAAUCAAUUUAGCUUUCUGCCAUGUUAAUUUUCAUUGUAUAUUUAUGUCUAUUGCAAUAUGGCAAAAGAAUAUUUGAUCCCACUGUCUUACUCACAGUACACAUAUAAUAUGUCCUCGUUAGUUAAAUGUGGAAAUGGGUAUAGAUUAUGCUUUAAUUUUGAUCUCCAUUCUGAAACCUGAUGUUAAACAGUCCUAUAGAGCAGUAGGGCACUUCUCAGCUGUGGGGCAUGUGCUGUGGUCUUUUGUGGAAAAAUGAACUUUUUUUGUUUUGUUUUGUUUUGUUUUUUUUUUAAAUGUUUUUUUAAGCCAACAUCCAUUUUGAUAGAUCAUGCCAUCUCAUGAUGUGUAGACUUUAAACUUGAUGAUAAAAAAGCCAUAAUCUACACUUUCUUUACACAAGUAUCUCUAGUCUCUAUUUCUCUGUAAUUCACUAGUAACUGUAAUGCGUACUUGCAUUGUAGUAGUAUCUUGUAUAGUUUUGGAAUUUGCUAACAUUGUAUUUGUUGUAGGGCUGGAUUUUUCUACAUGGAAAAUGUUGUUCUUUGUGUGAGUGUGUGUGAACGUGUGCUGGUAAUUGAUGUGCUGUCUCUGGGUGUCUUUCUGGACAUGAUUUAGAAAGACCUUCUCUGCCCCCUUGCAAUUGAACUUCUCCACUGUUACCCCACUUGUAAAAACAACAUUAAUUAAACCCCUUUAAUGUAAACACAUUUUUAAAACCAGGUGUAACUCAAUUUCUUUUUAAAAAUUGCUGUUCUGUUUUUUAUUAAUAUUAUCAUUGUUGGUCAUUGUUAUUUUGCAUGUAGUUAUGACUGCCAGCAUGAUAUGCAAUACCUAGUUUACAAAUUUUUUGUAAACCAACUUUGGUUUGUGAGAAAAUAAAAAUGUGAAGAAAAAAAA